GUUUUUGCGGCUCGAGCGCAGAUCUAGCCGACGAGUGCACCAGCGCACGGCUAAGCAUUGUUCAGGAAGAGCAUCGGACCUAGUCCUGCCGCUACCCUGCUUGCCAAGUACCCCCGUCGCACUCCCGCAGCAAAAAAAGGCACAGGGGCCCUCUGUGCCUGGUUACCAACGCCGCCGCCGCGGCACGUAAGCGUGCGCGCCACGGCAGCGCGAGACCCGCCCGCAAGACCUCUGCGCGCCGCCGCCGCGAAACCGCCGCCGCACAAAGAUGGCGCCCCUCACCUGGCGCGUCGCACUCACCGACCUGAGGAAGGGCUUUAAAGUCAAAAGCUCCUCUCCAAUUUUCACGAAGGGCAAGCACGAGUUCUGUCUCGACGUCUACCGGGACGGCUGGGGUGAUGAAGAUAGAGAUUUUGUUGCGGUCUUUGUGAGAUACGUGUCGAAGCGAGGCUCGACGAAGGGCGUCGCGUCCGUAGCUCUGGAGGGCGGGCCGCGCUGGCAGGCCCCCGAAGAGGUCGUGUUUGCUCCUGUAGCUGACUUGGAGAAACGAUCAAGAUCAGGCGACCGGAGAUUUAUGUCUAGAGAAGCGUUUCUAGAACUAUCAAAACGAGGUCCACUAGUCUUCACCGCUUCCGUGGAUCCGACACGACGUCUCAGCCAAAGAGAGAUCAGCGUAGCCAAGGACAUCGAAGAUAUGAGCGAGGAGGACGUCCGGGAGGCGCUGCUGGCCGUCGACCGCGAGGAGGUCAAGGGCCUCACGGACCCGAAGGUCACGAUCAAGGGCUCGUCCUGGAUGACCCAGUCCGCGAGGAACGCCAAGUUCAUGACCGGCUUAUACCCUAUAGUUAUGAGGUAUCUACGAGUGAAAAAGAAGGUCGCGAAGAUGAGGAAACAGUUGAAAGGAGUGGACCGGGAGGCCUACUACGACGAGCGCACGGCCAUGUGGGACGAGGCCCACGAGCGGGAAGCCAAAGCUAUUCGGAAGCUCUUUGAUAGCAUGGGCGGGCUCUACAACAAGCUCGCGCAGGACUGGGCGACGCGCGACGGCCUCGUGCCCCAGGCCUGGGUCGACGAGCUCAAACAUAGCUUUGAAGGCAUGCCGUUCCGGGAGUGGGCCCAGAUGUCGAAGAUGCUCCUUCGCGGAUUAGAGGGCGAGGGCGUUCCUCCCGUAGGAGAAGGGAAAGGUCUCGGGGCCUACUUCGCGGCAGUCGAUCAGACACCCUUAGCCGCGGCGUCGAUCGGCCAGGUCCACCUCGCGACGACCUACGCCGGCGAGCGCGUCGUCGUGAAGGCCAUCUAUCCCGAAAUAAGAAGGUACCUCAUCGCGGACCUCAAAAACGCGCGGAAGGCGGUGCGGACUCGGCGUCUGAAUAUCAUGAAGGCGGCGUCGUCGUGAUGGCACGAGCGCCGACGCGUCGCGCGACCGCAGGCCCAGCAGAUCACCUGGAUCCUCAAGCUGCCCAUGAAGGGGACCAUCAACGCGAUCAUGGACGAGGAAGUUGAAUGUUUUCCUAGGGAGCUAGAUUUACGCAUAGAAGCGAGACAUCUGAAAAAACAACGCCUCUACCAGAAGCGGCACGGCCUCGACAUCGCCAUCCCUGUGGUGAUUGAUGAACUUAGUAGUUCAUCAGUACUCACACAAACAUUCUUAACAGGAACGACGAUGGGCAACUGCGACGUCUCCGACCCGGCCGUGCGACAGAAAGCUAUUGAUGCUUGUAAGGACAUCACGCACGCGAUUGGCGUGACGCUGUUCCGCGAGCGGUUCUUCCACGCCGAUCCCCACCCGGGCAACAUCAUGCUCGUCGGUGAGGAGCUGAAGCCUGGCUUGAUAGAUUUUGGGCAGUGUACGACUUUGACCAAACCUCAAUUACGUACUGUCUGUCAGUUAGUGGUACUGCUACGAACUCGGUCCCAGACGCUGAUCGACCAAGCAUUGCGAGGUUCCGGCUUCGGUUUUAACACCGAGGACCCGGAGCUCAAGCUAGCCUUACUGUACUACUUCUUCGACUCGUCGACGACGGGCUCCGGCGUCGUGCGACCGGAGGCGAUGGAGAUCCUGAAGGACGCCAUCCAACAUAAACCUGCAAGCAUGCCUGUUCUUACGGAUACGCCGCGAGAAAUGGUCUUUUACGGGCGGGUUUGCGGCACGCUCCGGAAAUCCUUCGAGAAAUUAGAUGCGGAUGUUUCUGCGGUUACGAUAUGGUACCCGGAAGCGAGGAAGGCGCUCCAACGGCUAAAUGCCGAGAAUCCCGAUCCUAUAUCUUCUGCUUUAUUAUUACUACCGGAGAAUCCCGAUGGACUGACGUAUUUGGUCGAAAAGGCGCCGGUCGUACUGUCGCGGGCGACGGAGGUCAUGAACAGUGUGGGGGGCGGGUUCUCGUCUUCUUCAGAAGUGGGCCGGUCGCGGGCGCUGGUCGGCGUUGCAGGUCUUUGUGCGGCGAUGUGGUACCUGCGCGACGCUUUACUGGUUGGUAUGGUGGCCUUCGCGAAGCUGUUCCUUGCCGGUGUCGCGGCGGCGGUCGUGGCCGGCGCGUCGCCCCUAAACGCGGUCCGCGCGCUGAAGCGGCCGGCGAAGGCGGCCGCCUGAUUUUUCUCCCCUCCUCUCGGCUUGCUGUGUCUGGGCCCGGAUGUUUAAAGGUAGCCUCUCCUAUUCUAUACUUCUAUGUUGCGUCGAUGGCGUUCCUAGGCGCCCCUUGACGGCUGCGUUGCUUCGCGGGCGCGAAGCGCGGCACGCGCUUCUCGUAAUUCGUCCUCGAUCCGUUCUGUGG